GCUGGGGGGAGGGGCGGGGCGCAUCUGCACCUCUCGUGAACUUACCUGCCUUGUGGUUUUAUAGCUCUAUUUAUGAAUGUGACGUGUAGCCUGUAAAUUGCAGCCAGUGACUUUGCCCUCCCGGUCUGUGCUUUGGUCCCAGACCUCGGAGAAGACGGCUGGAGUCGAGGGAACUGCUAUCAUGGGUGUUCUCAGCUGCCUGCUGCCCACCCUCCUGCUGCUGCCCCUGCUGGAGGGUGCGGUGGAGUUCCAGUCAACCUGUGGGCAGUCAGCGACCUCCAGCCGCAUUGUAGGAGGGCAGAAUGCCCAGAACGGGGUUUGGCCCUGGCAGGCCAGCAUCCGAUACAAAGGAUUCCACAUCUGCGGAGGGUCCCUCAUCACGGAGGAAUGGGUGGUGUCUGCAGCUCAUUGCUUCAAUCAGAGUCUGCCCCUCGCUGAUUACUCUAUUUCCCUUGGGGAAUUCCAGCUGAAUAUCCAGAACGCAAACACCUUCACAUCUGCUGUGUCACGGGUCAGAAUCCACGACAACUACAAACCCGCCAGCUAUGCCUCCGACAUAGCCCUGGCGCACCUAAGCACGCCCCUUCUGUACACCGCCUACAUCCUCCCUGUCUGCCUUCCCACCCUCAAUGAUUCCAUCGCCUCUGGCAGCCGGUGCUGGGUCAUUGGAUGGGGGAAAGUCCAGAUGGAUGAAAGUCUCCCUCCUCCCCGCACUCUGCAGGAGGUUCAGGUCUCACUCAUAGAUGCCCAGACAUGCAAUGACCUCUAUAGCAUACCCAUCAUGUACUCCCCGGGGUCGCGCCCCAUCAAAGAUGACAUGGUGUGUGCUGGCUACCCCGAAGGAGGGAAGGACUCCUGCCAGGGUGAUUCUGGGGGACCCCUUGUUUGUUCUGAGGCUGGCUCCUGGUUCCUGAUCGGCAUCGUGAGCUGGGGAGUUGGCUGCGGCUUCGCCAACCGCCCCGGGGUCUAUACCCGGGUCUCCGCCUACUCCACCUGGAUCCAGCAGCAGCUCCCCAGUGUGGCAUUCGGGGUGGUGAAUGUCACCAUUAGCACUCAGUCAAAUGCCGGCUACACUCCAGCGCCCACCCCCCUGCUUCUCGGCACCCUCCUGCUGGCCAGCACAGUCCCAGGGAUGGUGCCACCGCUUUCUAAGCUGCUAAUUUAACAGUCAGCCCUGCCAUGGAAAAAAAAGGCAUCAGAAUUACAACCCAUUAUUAUAGGGCUGGGAGGGGAGUGGGUGUGACGUUAUUGACAGUAUAGAUCACUAUUGCAACCACUGUUAUACAUUUGCAGCAAAUAUUGUACAAAGGUGGUAGUGUGAGGUGUCUAUGGCAAGCUUAUGGUUUUCUGGUCAUGAUUAUGCUGUCUAUACGUGUGUAUCAUUUUUGUAGUUGAAGUUAUGAAUAUUGGCUCUGUACUGUCUGUAUUUCAAACUUGUG